UUCCUGUAGGGCGGGAUGCGGGAGGCCGACGCGAAGGUGACCCCCAGAGAAGGGGCGGAGCCUUGCCGGGAUUUGCAAACCAUGUUUGGGUGGCCGAGAACCGCGGCUCUCGGGUCGUCAGUACGGGGCUCCUUGGGCCGGAUCGUUUUCUCCCAGAUAAGAACCUGCUCGGCUGUUUCGCCUUCUUCAACCCAACCAGUGAUUGCAGCCAAACACCCUUUCCAAGUGGAGUUACAACCAGGGAAGCGUUAUGCUUGGUGUGUCUGUGGCCACAGUCAAAAGCAGCCUUUCUGUGAUGGAUCCCAUAAAAAAAGUGCCCCGGAAAUCUCUCCCCUAAGAUUCAAGCCAGAGGAAGCAAAAGAAGCUUGGCUGUGUGGCUGCAAAUGCACCAAGAACCCUCCAUAUUGUGACGGCACCCACAUGGAAGAUUUUGUGCAAAAAGCUGAUCUCCAUUCAAAGCCAAAAUUAUAGUAAGGGGAAAUCAGAGAACUUUGAGAAACUUACAGGAAUCAGGAGGAAAAGGCCAUGAAUACCAUGUGCUGGGAUCUCUCUUCUAUGGCUCCUGUUGAUAUCCAUGAGGCUUCUGCAGGAGAGCCUCCAAAUAUAUAAUUGCAGGCCUGGCAGAGAUUGUGAGUGCUCUCAGCAUGAGUGAAUGUUUAAAAAGACUGAAGGAAUGGGCAUGGUAUUAGCUGUUUGUCAAGAAUUACAGACUUUUGUCUGUUUCUUCUGGCUCCUUUGAAAUAAAACACGCCAUACACCUCUGUA